GACGCCAACAAAGACACGGCCACCGAACACGUCCAGCGCUACGCUAACGGAUCCAACGGUUCCAAUGGUUCGGCUCCUAACGGCCUCUCUGUCAAUGGUGUGAACGAAGAGCCCAUCAAUGAAUGUAUUUGUGACGAAUCGCUCACUAAAUUGGUUCACAUCAAGUCCUCCACAGAUCAGGACAUCAUUCGUCUCAUUGGCCAAUACUUGCGAGUCCUCGGACUCAACCGUACUGUUGACCAACUGAUCCAAGAGUCGGGCUGUCGUUUAGACCAUCCGUCGGCCGCGAAGUUCCAGACAUACGUAAUGAAUGGAGAGUGGGCUCAGGCCGAGUCAGCCCUCUGUGAACUCAAUCCACUGCUGGAUUCGCCCAAAGCAUUGACCAAAAUGAAGUUUUUAUUAUUAGAGCAAAAAUAUAUGGAAAACAUCGAAGAAUCGAAAUGUGUUGAAGCACUCAAUUGUCUUCGUCACGAAUUGACUCCACUUAAGUACAACACCGCACGCGUCCAUCAACUCAGCCGAUUUCUAAUGUGCAACACUUCAGAAGAGCUGAGAAAGAUAUCGAGUUGGGAGGGAAAGGGUAUGCCCUCGAGGAUCAAACUGAUGGAAAAAUUGCAAAGUUUUCUACCGCCGACUGUAAUGCUUCCGCCGCGAAGACUACUGACCCUUCUGUGUCAAGCCGUUGAUCUCCAGAAAGAUCGCUGUCCUUACCAUAACUUUACGACCGAUGCGGGACUCGAUUCCGUCAAUCUAUUGGUUGAUCACGUCUGCAGUCGAGAGGACUUCCCGAGUGAGUCAAUACAGAUCCUAACGGAUCACUGCGACGAAGUGUGGUUCUGUCGCUUCUCCAACGACGGCACAAAACUGGCCACCGGUUCCAAAGACAGCACUCUUAUGAUUUGGGACGUCGACCCCGAAACAUUAAGACUCAAACAUAAGCACACAUUUGAAGGCCACUCGUAUGGCGUCUCAUAUCUGGCGUGGAGUCCAGACGACAAUUAUUUGAUAGCUUGCGGUCCCGACGACUGCUCCGACCUUUGGGUUUGGAACGUACAGUCGGGAGAACUGAGAGUCAAAGUGAGUCAUUCCCCUGAAGACAGUCUGACGACGUGUUCGUGGCAUAAAGACGGCAAGAAGUUCGUGACCGGAGGCCAAAGGGGACAGUUCUACCAAUGCGAUUUGGACGGCAAUGUGAUCGACACGUGGGAAGGCGUUAGAGUCCAAUGUCUCUGCUUUCGUAAAGAUGGCAAAACAGUGUUGGCGGCCGACACUCAUCAACGGAUCCGGGGCUAUAAUUUUGAUGAACUUUCAGAUUUUAAUGUUAUAAGAGAAGACAACUCGAUAAUGUCGUUCACAGUCGAUGAUUCGGGCCGUUUAGCGCUUAUUAACGUUGCCUCACAGGGCGUCCAUUUAUGGGACUUAGAGGACAAGAUUUUGUUAAGAAAAUUUCAAGGCGUAACUCAAGGAUAUUAUACAAUUCAUUCAUGUUUUGGUGGCGUUAAUCAAGUUUUCGUCGCCAGUGGUAGUGAAGACAAUAAGAUCUACAUUUGGCACCUGAAGAGAGAGAAGCCGAUAAGUGUGUUGACGGGUCACUCGCGGACAGUGAACUGUGUCUCGUGGAACCCGAAAUACCCACAACUGAUCGCCAGUGCCUCAGACGACGCGACCGUCAGAAUAUGGGGUCCGACGCCCGACAGAUCACAAUCAGCGGCCAGUGUGUCGAUGGCGUCCUCACCAAACCUGUUAUCGACGCGAGCCAUGGAUUCUAACCAUUCGAGUCCCAGUACUUCAAUAAAAGUUGUGAAACCAUAAUCGAGUGCCUAAUCAGACAAUUCUUCACUAAAUCAUUGCUUCAUUUUAUUCAUCACAUAAUUAUAAUUGAUAAAUGAGUGACGAGUUAUUGAUUCAAACCAUACAUACAAUCCAAACGCCAGUUCCUCUAACGGAUCGAUCGAAGAGUUGUUGAGUUAUGCAUAAGAUUUGACAUCAAAUUGAAAAUGAAGACAAACCACUAUAUAAUUGAAUUGAAUGCACAUGUAAUGGACGUG